AUGGGAAAACUCAGAGCAAAAUCUGAUUAUGAAGAAAUCAGAAAUGCCCGUCUUCUUGAAAAUCAGGCACGAUUGGCCUCACUAGGACUUCAGAAAACAAUCUCAGAGCUCAGAUCCAUCACUUCAUCACCAAAAUCUGAUAGGACCCAUGUGAAGAAAUACCAAAAAGUUGACUAUAGCUCCACGCCAUUGCGCCGUUCCGCUCGCUUGAUAGGAAAAUCACCAUCUUCGAAAGGAGAUUUGGGGAAUUUUCAAGGUUGUGACAGUGAUGAUGACAAGAAUGGACCUGCAAAUGCACCUUUAUUGAGUAUUAGAAGAAGUUUGAGGCCGAAGCUUUCACCGGAUGCUUUGGCUCGUCGUUGCACAAGCAAGGGCAGGGGGAGUUUAUAUGAUCCUAUUUAUGGAAUUUGCUGCCAUUUUUGCAGGCAAAAGAAACUAUGCGGUGAGGAAGAUUGCGAACGUUGUGGCAAUCAAGACAUGGAUCAACCUUGCAUAGGAAAAACAGAUUGCUCCAUUUGCCAUUCUAGCAACGGUGUUCUUUGUCGAGCUUGUCUCAAGGUUAGGUAUGGUGAAGAAAUGGAAGAAGUGAAAGCAAAAAAACAAUGGAUAUGUCCGCAUUGCAUGGAAGAUAAAGGAAUUAAUCCUUAUUGGAUAUGUAACAGCUCGAUCUGUUUAAAGAAGCGAAAGAUGGUUCCUACCGGGAUAGCCAUAUAUAGAGCUAAGGAAUUGGGGUACAAAUCUGUGGCACACCUCUUGAUGAACGAGCUUCAACGAGCAGCAGAUAAAAGGCGAUGA